GGUCAAUAUCAGCCACAUAUUUUGUAACCAUAUAUCUAUGAUCCCAUACCUUCACAAACUAGUAAUCAUUCAAGCAAGACCAGCCAGCAAAGAUGGGCGAGUUCAUUAUGAAUCCGCCCUUGAGCACGCUCCCUGAGGAGUUUGACAUCAUUGUCUGUGGCGGGGGUAGCUGCGGAUGUGUGGUAGCUGGCCGGCUGGCCAACCUGGACCAUAAUCUCAAGGUUCUCCUCAUCGAGGCCGGUGAGAACAACCUCAACAACCCAUGGGUCUACCGUCCCGGCAUCUACCCUCGUAACAUGAAACUGGACUCCAAGACGGCCUCUUUCUACGAGUCUCGGCCCUCCAAUUGGCUGGCUGGCAGGAAGGCCGUCGUGCCCUGCGCUCACAUCCUAGGCGGCGGCUCGUCCAUCAACUUCAUGAUGUACACGCGCGCCUCGGCAUCGGACUAUGACGACUUCCAGGCCAAAGGCUGGACCACCAAGGAACUUCUCCCGCUGAUGAAGAAGCACGAGACAUACCAAAGGCCGUCUCACAACAGGAAUAUCCACGGCUACGAAGGGCCCAUCAAGGUCUCGUUCGGCAACUACACGUACCCCAUCAAGGAGGACUUCCUCCGGGCCGUCGAGACCCAGGACAUCCCCGUCGUUGACGACCUGCAGGACCUCGUCACGGGCCACGGCGCAGAGCACUGGCUCAAGUGGAUCAACCGAGACACGGGCCGCCGAAGCGACAGUGCCCAUGGGUACGUCCACGCCACCAGGGCUGUCCACUCGAAUCUGUACCUGGCCUGCAACACCAAGGUUGACAAGGUCAUCAUCGAGAACGGGCGUGCUGUCGGGGUUCGCACUGUGCCUACCAAGCCGGCGGGGGGCAAGCCGCAGGGCCGCAUCUUCAAGUCGAGGAAGCAGAUUAUUGUUUCUGGCGGGACCUUGUCGUCGCCUCUGAUCCUCCAGCGGUCUGGUAUUGGUGACCCAGAGAAGCUGCGUGCUGUGGGCGUCGAGCCUAUCGUUGACCUUCCUGGUGUUGGUCUCAACUUCCAGGACCACUAUCUGACCUUCUCUACCUAUCGUGCAAAGCCUGGCACGGAGAGCUUUGACGACUUUGUCCGUGGAGACCCAGAAACCCAGAGACGCGUGUACGAGGAAUGGAACCUCAGAGGCACCGGCCCCCUCGCCACCAACGGCAUCGAGGCCGGCGUCAAGAUCCGCCCCACGGCCCAGGAGCUCAAGGAGUUCGAGUCCUGGCCGACCCCGCACUUCAAGGACGGCUGGAAGUCGUACUUUGAGAACAAGCCCGACAAGCCCGUCAUGCACUACAGCAUCAUCAGUGGCUGGUUUGGUGACCACAUGCUCAUGCCCGCGGGCAACUUCUUCACCAUGUUCCACUUCCUCGAGUACCCCUUCUCUCGUGGCUUUACGCACAUCAAGAGCCCUGACCCUUAUGCGGCGCCGGACUUUGAUACUGGCUUCAUGAAUGACGAGCGGGAUAUGGUUCCUAUGGUGUGGGGGUAUAUCAAGUCCCGCGAGACGGCUCGUCGUAUGGAUGCUUAUGCUGGUGAGGUUGAGGCCAUGCAUCCCUUCUUCGACGCUGAUUCCAAGGCCCGUGCCCGUGACAUGGACCUAGAGACCACCAAGGCCUGGGCUCUCCCAGGCAAUCUCUCUGCAGGCAUCGGCCACGGAAGCUGGUCGAUGCCUCUGGGCCCGGCCGAGACCAAGGCUGAGCCAGGUAUCAUCAACUCCAACGCUAAGGAGGUCCGCCAGGAGCUUUCCUACAGCGCGCGCGACAUCGCUGCCGUCGAGGAGUGGGUCAAACGGCAUGUUGAGAGCACCUGGCACAGCCUGGGCACGUGCUCGAUGGCUCCACGGGAGGGGAACAGUAUUGUCAAGCACGGAGUGUUGGACGAGCGUCUCAAUGUCCACGGGGUGAAGGGGUUGAAGGUUGCUGAUCUUUCCAUCUGUCCUGAUAAUGUUGGCUGCAACACCUACUCGACGGCCCUCCUCAUUGGCGAGAAAUGUGCCGUCCUCACCGGCGAGGACUUGGGCUAUUCUGGCUCUGCCCUUGACAUGAAGGUGCCCGAGUACAACGCGCCCGGCGAAUUGAAGCUACCACUUCGCCUGUAAUGAAGCCUGCACAUUGUCCAUGAAGGUUGGUGGGUACACUUGUGAGCAAGAUUGCAAGGGCUUGUUGACGAUGGUUUCCUUGAACUGAGUCCCUACUCAGGCGGCUUCACUCUCUUAUUCUUUUUCCUUUAGUAUGAUUUCAUGAAUUAGUAUCAAUGCAAUGCCCCUCUUUCCUUCUUUCUUCUAUCAGACACGUCUACUUUAUGAUUUAAUUGACUUGCGAACGUCUUAUAAUGAUAUACAAUUUCCAACGCACUUAUACAAUCUCAUGAAUCUUUAUAUUUUUUUCAGGCCAGAGAAUCUUUAGUAUUACGUGAACUAAACAUAUAUACAAAGAAGUGUGUAUCGAGGUGUGGUAUCAAGCGCUAUAGUCUAUGGUCCAGAACCAAGAAAUAACAAGAAAUAUUCC